AUGAAUAAAUAACAGUGUGAUUACCAUUAUAGUGUAAAAUUUAUCAUCGUAGGUAAUUCUGGAGUUGGGAAAAGUUGUUUACUCCAUCAAUUUAUUGAAGGUUAGUUUAAAAAUAGUAUGGAUUCAACCAUUGGAGUAGAAUUCGGAUAGAAAUUAAUCAACUACAAAGACCGAGUAAUCAAAAUUAAUAUUUGGGAUACUGUAAACUUCUUAAUAUUAUUUAGGCAGGUUAAGAGUCAUUUAGGUCAAUUACAAGAGCGUAUUAUAGAGGGUAAAGAAAUGAACAUUAACAUUUAGAUCAAUCGCAUGUCUAUUAGUUUACGAUGUGACUAAGAAAAAGUCAUUCCACCAUCUCAUUAAUUGGUUAAACGAGGUGAAGUAAGAUUCAUCAGCUGAAAUAAUGAUAGUUGGGAAUAAGAUUGACUAGUGGGGAAGAGAAGUUUCCUAAGUUGAGGGACAAUAACUAGCCUAACAAACUGGCUGUCUAUAUUUAGAGACAUCCGCAAGAACAGGUGAAAAUGUUAUUCUCGCUUUUGAAACCUUGGUACAAAGAAUAUAUACGAAAAUUUAAAAUAAGGAGAUAGAUUUAAAUGAUCCAUUUAAUGGAAUUAAAUUGGGUUCUAUGACAGAAGUGAAACCAGUCAUUAAUCAACCUAAGGGAAAUUAGAGUUCAUCAUGUUGUUGA